UUAACCACCUCCAGCAGCAGGAGGAGAGGAAGCUCCUGUGGAUACAGACAGAUGGGCCAGUCCUGCCUCUGAGGCAGCUCCAGGAGUGGCCUACUUUUCAGGAGUGUGACCUCCACACAGAGUCAGCACCCUGUCUCUAGGAGCUCCAAGAGAGACAUGUGGCAGCAGGAAGCUGACACCCGUAGCUGAUGUGUCCACCCCGGGAGAGGGCUUAGGGCUGCCAGGACCUCUCUGUGCACACUGACUCUGCUGAGAGUGGGGAUGACCCCACCCAACCCCCCAUUUCUGUGGGCGGGGAGGUGGCUGCGUCCCUUGUGCUCUGCUGUGCCCUGGGUGGCUGCAGGUCCCUGCAGGAGCCUCCAUUUGUGGGGGUGGGACUGGGCAGUUAUUUUCAGAUGGUGCCAGAGGAUAGAGUUUCAGAUUUGUUUAUGCCUGUAGGAAGCACUUUGGGAAUAGGGGUGGGGUGCCCAGCUCAGUACUGACAUUCAGGACACCUGGCCAAGAGGCGCCUCAGAUUUCCCUGUCCUGCUCUGGGGGGUUCACUCUGCAGCCCCAGGCAGGGAGGGGAUGGUAGCCUUUUCCAGGAAUUCCGGGAGGGGUGCAGGCACACGGUGGUCCUCCGCGUGGUCCUCUGCAGGCUGGGUAUGCUAGCCCACACACAGGAGGGGUCAGUUCACACGGAAGGCUGGCCUGAGGAUUGUCCGGGCCACACCAAGCAAAGCCAGCGCUAUUAAUAUCCGGCACGGACAAGCCCUCAGCUGUGUGAUCCUCUUAGACCCGUGGCCUUGGCCUCUGAGGACGGCAGUGAGCACCGUUCUGUCAGUAAGGUGGGGGCUCGAGAGCCUCCUAGCUGCUGUGCCUCUGCUGACAUUUAGCAGGCAGCUUCUGCCAGCAAAGGGUCUUACCCCAGCCCUCCGGCUCUCCACCCACUGUGCUGCCCACAGGACUAGUCCUGCCCAUGGAAGGGCAGUUUGGGUGGCCAGAGCUCCUGAGUUGCCCUAGGGGACGGCUGUGGAUCUGAGGUGGUGAUGCCCCCCACAACUGCCUUCGCUUGAGCCCCACGCACCCCCUGGGGCCACUCGCUGUCCAGGAGCACCCACCCGUGUUCUCCAUCAUGAGCAGCCCCCCAGCUUACCCUGGCAUCAGGAUUUCAGGGUGCCGGGCCCUUGGAGCAGAAGGCAGCAGCAAUGCAGAGUCCUUGGACAGGCUCCUGCCACCUGUGGGCGCUGGGCGCUCUCCCCGGAAGCGCACCACCAGCCAGUGCAAGUCGGAGCCCCCCCUGCUGCGUACCAGCAAACGCACUAUCUACACAGCGGGACGGCCACCUUGGUACAAUGAGCACGGUGCACAGUCCAAAGAGGCCUUCGCCAUUGGCCUGGGAGGCGGCAGUGCCUCUGGGAAGACCACUGUGGCCAGAAUGAUCAUCGAGGCCCUGGACGUGCCCUGGGUGGUCUUGCUGUCCAUGGACUCCUUCUACAAGGUGCUGACUGAGCAGCAGCAGGAACAGGCCACACACAACAACUUCAACUUUGACCAUCCGGACGCUUUUGACUUUGACCUCAUCAUUUCCACCCUCAAGAAGCUGAAGCAGGGGAAGAGCGUCAAGGUGCCCAUCUAUGACUUCACCACACACAGCCGGAAGAAGGACUGGAAAACGCUGUAUGGUGCAAAUGUCAUCAUCUUUGAGGGCAUCAUGGCCUUUGCUGACAAGACACUGCUGGAGCUCCUGGACAUGAAGAUCUUCGUGGACACAGACUCUGACAUCCGCCUGGUGCGGCGGCUACGGAGGGACAUCAGUGAGCGCGGCCGGGACAUCGAGGGUGUCAUCAAGCAGUACAACAAGUUUGUCAAGCCGGCCUUCGACCAGUAUAUCCAGCCCACCAUGCGCCUGGCAGACAUCGUCGUGCCCAGAGGGAGUGGCAACACGGUGGCCAUCGAUCUGAUUGUGCAGCAUGUACACAGCCAGCUGGAGGAGCAGAGGAAGCUACGUUGGGAUAUGGCUGCACUGGCCUCAGCACACCAGUGCCACCCCCUGCCCCAGACGCUGAGUGUCCUGAAGAGCACGCCGCAGGUCCGGGGCAUGCACACCAUCAUCAGGGACAAGGAGACCAGUCGCGACGAGUUCAUCUUCUACUCCAAAAGGCUGAUGCGGCUGCUCAUCGAGCACGCGCUCUCCUUCCUGCCCUUUCAGGACUGCGUCGUGCAGACUCCGCAGGGGCAGGACUACACGGGCAAGUGCUACGCGGGGAAGCAGAUCACCGGCGUGUCCAUCCUGCGCGCUGGUGAGACCAUGGAGCCCGCGCUGCGUGCUGUGUGCAAAGACGUGCGCAUCGGCACCAUCCUCAUCCAGACCAACCAGCUCACUGGGGAGCCUGAGCUCCACUACCUAAGGCUGCCCAAGGACAUCAGCGAUGACCACGUGAUUCUCAUGGACUGCACCGUGUCCACUGGCGCUGCGGCCAUGAUGGCGGUCCGCGUGCUCCUGGACCACGAUGUGCCCGAGGACAAGAUCUUUCUGCUGUCACUGCUUAUGGCAGAGAUGGGCGUGCACUCCGUGGCCUAUGCAUUUCCACGAGUGAGAAUCAUCACCACGGCGGUGGACAAGCGAGUUAAUGACCUUUUCCGCAUCAUCCCAGGCAUUGGGAACUUUGGCGACCGCUACUUUGGGACAGACGCAGUGCCCGACGGCAGUGACGAGGAAGAACCCUACACGGGUUAGCCACUUAGCCACCCCUUCACUGCUACCCUCCUCCUGCCUCCAGACCCAGGAUUGCUGAAUACAAAAAUGUUAAUUUAUUUUAAUUUUUUAAAUGUUACCAGUAUAAUAUAUAUGCAUUUUAUAAAAUAAAGCUUUAGAAAAACGAA